AUGCUUAAUGUGAUUAAACGAUUAGAACCAUUUAUCAUUAAACCAAUAAAAACUAAUAAUACUACUGAAUUAAUGAAUAAUAAUAAUCAGCAUCAAAAAAAGGAUAAUAAUAAUAAUAAUCAGAAUCAACCAUUGAAAAUCUCAUUAGUUAUAUCAUUAGUGAUGUUGCUAAGACGUUUACCAUCAGGAUAUCUUGAAUCACGUUUACCUCAUCUUAUUUUACGUAUUAUGGAUAUUUUAAGACCAUCACGUGAUAUAAAUUAUCAAAUACGUUAUGAAGCAAUCAAAUCAUUAUCACGUAUUGGACGAUUAUUAGGUCCAAGUAAAAGUUUAGAUAAAUUAUUUGAUAUUGUUCAUCAACAAUUAGAUCGUGGUGGUUAUACAUAUUGGCAAGUAAGAUUAUAUACAUUACAUCGUGUAUUCAAUGAAGUAGAACAAGCUAUCAUAUCCGGUGAAGUAUCUUAUAAAUCUGGUCAAUUAGAUUAUAUUGGUCGUAUUAUGAGUCGACUUUAUUUAGAUGAAAUGAUUGGACGAUUAGCUGAAGAAAUUGAUUCAAGACGUUCAGCUAAAUUAUCAAAUACUAAUAAUAAUGAAUUAAGUGGAUCUAUUCCUAUGGAUUUACCUGAAGGAAAUGGAUUUAAAUCUCCAGAAGGUGUUACACGUUUAUGUAGAUUAUUAUCAAAUGAAGGUAUUAUUCAGUUAUUUACAGAUAUUAAAAUGGCACUUCAUUGUGCUGCAUCCGGUACUUCACUUGGAUCCAUAUUCUAA